AUGUGUUUGUUACAGGUAUGGAAUCUUGCUAACUGCAAGCUGAAGACCAACCACAUUGGCCACACUGGAUACCUGAACACAGUGACAGUGUCUCCUGAUGGAUCUCUGUGUGCCUCUGGUGGAAAGGAUGGGCAAGCCAUGCUGUGGGACCUGAACGAGGGCAAGCACCUUUACACCCUGGAUGGUGGUGACCCCAUCAACGCCCUUUGCUUCAGCCCCAACCGCUACUGGCUGUGUGCCGCCACUGGACCUAGCAUCAAGAUCUGGGAUCUGGAGGGCAAGAUCAUUGUUGAUGAGCUGAGGCAGGACAUCAUCACCACCAACAGCAAGGCUGAGCCGCCUCAGUGCACUUCUCUGGCCUGGUCUGCUGAUGGACAGACUCUCUUUGCUGGCUACACUGACAACCUGAUCAGAGUGUGGCAGGUGACCAUUGGAACCAGAUAGACGCCUUUUUCUAAUGUCUAAAUAAAAAAAGUAUUUUAAAAAGAA